CUCACAGAUUUCCAAAGUUGAGAAUGCUGGCUAGAAAUGACUCAUUAGUGACUGAAUUUAUUCUUGCUGGAUUAACAGACUGUUCAGAGCUCCAGAAACCCCUCCUUUUCUUGUUUCUAAUGAUCUACAUUAUCACCAUGGUGGGCAACCUUGGCUUGAUCACUCUUAUUAGUCUAAAUUCUCACCUCCACAACCCCAUGUACUAUUUCCUCUUCAACCUAUCUUUCAUUGAUCUCUGUUACUCUUCUGUUUUCACUCCCAAGAUGCUGAUGAACUUUGUAUCAAAGAAGAAUAUCAUCUCCUAUGUCGGGUGCAUGACUCAGCUCUUCUUCUUUCUCUUUUUUGUCAUCUCUGAAUGCUAUAUGUUGACCUCAAUGGCUUAUGAUCGCUAUGUGGCCAUUUGUAAUCCAUUGAUGUACAAGGUCACCAUGUCCCAUCAGGUGUGUUUUGUGCUAACUUUUGCUGCAUAUUUGAUGGGAUCUGCUGGAGCCAUUGCCCACACAGGGUGCAUGCUUAGACUAACUUUCUGCAAUGUUAAUAUCAUCAACCAUUACUUGUGUGACAUCCUCCCACUCCUCCAACUCUCUUGCACCAGCACCUAUGUCAAUGAGAUAGUAGUUCUCAUUGUUGUGGGUAUUAAUAUCACAGUACCCAGUUUUACCAUCCUAAUUUCUUAUGUCUUUAUCAUCACUAGCAUUCUUCAUAUCAAAUCCACCAAAGGAAGAUCAAAAGCCUUCAGAAACUGUAGCUCCCACAUCAUUGCUCUUUCUCUCUUUUUUGGAUCAGCAGCAUUCAUGUAUCUUAAAUAUUCUUCUCCUGGAUCUAUGGAGCAGGGAAAAGUUUCUUCUGUUUUCUAUACUAAUGUGGGGCCCAUGCUCAAUCCCUUGAUCUACAGUUUUAGGAACAGGGAUGUCAAAUUUGCACUGAAGGGAUCCCUGAUUAAAAUCCAGAGGAGAAACACAUUCUGA